GCGACCACCAUCCAUCGAUUUGUACUAUCGAUUCUUGCAUCCCCUCUAAAAACAUAAAAAUGGCUACAGCGGCGUGCUAGAGUUACAACGCUUCCAGAGCAUAGUGUCUACAGUGUUGACAAACAAACAUUGUAAAACGGCUUCGUUGAGUACGGCUAAUCAUCCUGGAUAUCUCGCAUGUCGACGAUAUUUUAGAGAAACGAAUCAACGACAGCGUCGACGACGGAUUCGAUGAGGGAAGGUUCGGCUCCGGCCGAAGAGCAACGUCUACGAGCUCACGGUGGCGGCGGCGAGCGCGCGAACGUUGAGGUUAUGGAUAAUUUCGUGAAGAUAGAGAAGAUAGGGGAGGGAACGUACGGGGUGGUCUACAAGGCCAUGGACAAACUGACCGGAAAGGUGGUGGCACUCAAGAAAAUUCGCUUGGAAACGGAAAGGGAAGGCGUGCCAUCUACUGCCAUUCGAGAGAUAUCAUUAUUGAAAGACCUCGCUCAUCCAAACAUCAUACAAUUGUUCGAUGUCGUAGACGCUGACAAACAUCUAUUUCUUGUCUUCGAAUUUCUGCAACAGGACCUGAAGAAGCUACUAGAUUCCGUUAAGGGAGGUUUGGAUCCACCCCUUGUCAAGAGUUAUCUCUACCAAUUGCUGAAAGCGAUUUCCUUUUGCCAUCUUCGUUGUAUAUUGCACAGAGACUUAAAGCCACAGAAUCUGUUAAUAGAUCGGGAAGGUCACAUAAAACUUGCGGAUUUUGGAUUGGCCAGAAUGAUUGGUGUUCCCGUGCGCACGUACACACACGAAGUUGUCACGCUCUGGUACCGCGCGCCAGAAGUCCUUCUAGGAACCAAAUUGUACACCUGUGCACUAGACAUAUGGAGUCUCGGUUGCAUAUUCGCAGAAAUGGCCACUAGAAGAGCUCUGUUCCCCGGAGACUCCGAGAUAGAUCAGUUGUUUAAGAUAUUCCGCAUGCUCGGCACACCGGAUGAAACGGUAUGGCCAGGAGUCUCACAACUUACGGACUACACAUCCAGAUUUCCAAACUGGGAGGCGAUUAAUUUAAGCGAUGUUUUACCCUCUUUUGAUGAUGAUGCCAAAGAUUUACUUUCAAAACUUUUGACGUACGACCCUAAUCAGAGGAUAACUGCAAAGAAAGCAUUGGGCCAUUCCUAUUUUAGGGGAGUCAAAUUAAUUCCACCUCCACUGCCAAAGAAAAAUUAACAUAAGUUUAUGAUUCAUUGACCAUAUUUUAACUCGAUAUAAAACUCGAUUUAACGCACAAAAUUUCGAAUUCUAACUUUAUACCGCGCGAGAGAGUGUGUUCAUUUAUAACGUAAUCUAUAUAUAAAUAUAUAUCUAUAUAUUUUUACUUCUAUAAGUCUUUGUCGUAUAAGUUUAUGAUUUUUUGCAGGUUUUACUUCAAUUUCCUGUCUAUUUCAGAAUGCAAUGUGGAUAAAUUGAAUUAUAUUUUUCAAAUAUU